UGCAGCAGCAUGGGCACGUUUGACCGCGGCGUGCAGAUGCUGCUGAGCACGGUGGGCGCGUUUGCCGCGUUCAGCCUCAUGACCAUCGCCGUGGGCACAGACUACUGGCUGUACUCGCGCGGCGUCUGCAAGAUCAAGACAACCAACGAGAAUGAGACCAGCAAGAAGAACGAGGAGGUCAUGACCCACUCGGGCCUGUGGAGGACGUGCUGCUUGGAGGGAACCUUCAAAGGACUGUGCAAGCAGAUCGAUCACUUCCCGGAAGACGCCGAUUACAAAGCAGACGCCUCCGAAUACUUCUUACGUGCUGUGAGAGCGUCCAGCAUCUUCCCCAUCCUCAGCGUGAUCCUGCUCUUCAUGGGAGGCCUGUGUAUAGCUGCCAGCGAGUUCUACAAGUCCCGCCACAACAUCAUCCUCAGCUCCGGGAUCCUCUUCGUCUCGGCAGGUCUCAGUAAUAUCAUCGGCAUGAUCGUGUACAUAUCGGCGAACGCAGGCGACCCCACCAAGAGCGACUCGAAGAAGAACAGCUACUCGUACGGCUGGAGCUUCUACUUCGGCGCGCUGUCCUUCAUCAUGGCCGAGAUGGUGGGAGUCCUGGCUGUGCACAUGUUCAUCGACCGGCACCGGGAGCUGAGAUCAGGCGUGAGGGCCGCCGAUUACCUGCACAGUUCAGCCAUUACACGGAUCCCCAGCUAUCGCUACCGCUACCGACGCCGCUCACGCUCGAAUUCUCAGUCGCGCUCCUCGUCGCGCUCGACGGAGCAUUCGCAGUCACGUGAAGCCUCCCCGGUCGGUCUGAAAGGCUUCGGCACCCUGCCCUCCACCGAGAUCUCCAUGUACGCGCUAAAGGGGGGCCACGGCACCCCCACGGCCACCUACAACUCGGACAGGGACUUCCUCCAGGUCCACAACUGCAUCCAGAAGGAGCCGAAGGACUCGGCUCACGGAAACUCAGCCAACCGACGCACCACGCCCGUAUGAGGACCCCUAUCCCCGGUGAAAUAAACACGACAAGGGGCAGAAAGUUCGGGGCCCUGAAGUUUUACCUGCUCAAAUUUCAUGUCUCAUGAUUAGGAAGAGCUGGGCGGAGUUCUUGUUCUUUUCCACAGUAUGUCACGUUUGCAUGAUUC